GUCCCUCUUAACCAGACUUCUUUUUUCUUCGCAAUCCCUCCGCGGCGUUGAAGCCCUAGUUUCUGCGUCUCCACAACCACCUUCUAUCAGUAGUAUAUUUCCGCCGGCAUUGGGCUGCGCCCGGCUCUACCACGACGGAAGGCCCAGAGGGCCUCUGUGGAGGGGCAAGAAACUUAUCGGAAAAGAGGCCCUCUUCAUUAUACUAGGCCUGAAGCGAUUUAAAGACGACAAGGAGAAGCUAGAUAAAUUCAUCAAAACCCACGUGCUCAGGCUGCUCAAAUUGGACAUGGUUGCCGUUCUCAACGAACUCGAACGCCAGGAGGAGGUCUCUCUUGCUGUCAAGAUGUUCAGGGUUAUUCAGAAACAAGACUGGUACAAACCUGAUGUUUUCCUGUACAAGGAUUUAAUUAUUGCAUUGGCUAGGCGCAAAAAGAUGGAUGAUGUAAUGGAGUUAUGGGAAAGUAUGAGAAAGGAAUAUUUAUUUCCCGACUCUCAGACAUAUACUGAAGUUAUUCGAGGUUUCUUACAGUAUGGUUCUCCUGCUGAUGCCAUGAACAUCUAUGAGGAUAUGAAAAAAUCUCCAGAUCCUCCAGAGCAAUUGCCAUUUAGGAUAUUAUUGAAGGGGCUUCUGCCGCAUCCCUUGUUAAGAAACAAGGUCAAACAAGAUUUUGAGGAAAUCUUUCCUGAUCAACGUGUUUAUGAUCCUCCAGAGGAGAUUUUUGGGUUAAGAUGAGGGUUUCGGAGUGCUGUAAUACGUUGGAGACAGUUGGAGUUGCUUGAAUCUGACUAAUUGACACCUCUCUUCCUACCAUAAUGGACUUAAAGUUGCUUCAGAUCUAACAUAAGUGAGGAGAGAUCUACUGAGGGUAUUCCUUAUUGAAUGACCAUGUAGCAAGGUUUUCACUACAGUGUUUUCUCUGUGAUAUGUGGUAAGGUGCAACAUUGUGGAUAUCAAAUUUUUGUAUCAGUGAAUUGCCAAAGCCACGUGAAGAAAACGGUCCAGGUAUUAAGAUAUGGUGUAAAUUGAAAGUGAUGUAAUCUUGUGAACUAUGUACUACAAGCUGGUAUUAAUUAUGUGUGUAAGGUUGUAUUUCCACUUAUUUCUGAAACUGGGUCCUGCAAAUUUUUGUUUGUAUCCAAAUAAGGAUGACUUAUGUCGUAACAAAACAAAUAACAUUCUGUUCUUGACAUGAAGAGGAGGGAAAAUGAGUGAGAAAACCAUUACGAAGAGUUUAUCUCCUGGAAGACCACUUAAUGUCAGCUCAUGUCGUGAAAGAACAUAAGCAGAUAACUCAUCCGGCCUAUGCCAACUAGUAGACUAUUGCCUUCGAUUGAAAAUCUUUUCCCUGCUACAGGGACUGGAAGAUCUAAUCAGCCAGAAGGAAAUGCAUAAGCCAAUCACGGAAACUUGAAAAAGAGCCUGAAUAAAGAGGAAACCGAUGACUGUGGGCUCAUGUAUAUAUACAUAAUACAGCAUAAUAUUAACAAGCAAGCGCUAUGAAUUACGGGCAGGGGGUUGGAACCCACAUUUUGCAUGGCAAAGGACCAACGGACAACACCAAAGACCUGCACAAGGGGCAGGUGAAUUGGCAUCUGUCGAGCCAUUUCUCCAUGCAUUCCAUGUGAAACAAGUGCCCGCACCUCGGAAGUUUGUUCACUAAAUCAACCUUCUCAAACUCCAUCAAGCAAAUUGAGCACAUGUCGUCUCCAUUAUUGACUGCUUCUCCUCUGUUUUUGUUACUGAAUUCCAGAUCUUGAAAACUCAAAACCGGGAGAUCCACCUCGCACACUGGAGUCUCUUCAGUGUGGGCAUUUUCCCUCUGACCGUGUGGCCUAAAAAGGAAACUGAAGAUUCUAAGAACAGACUGAGUUAUUUGGAGGAAGGGGAUCAAUAUGCAAAUGUAGAAGAUCAAGGUUAAAAUGUAUAAAUGGGAUUCUGCAUGCAUACAAAUCAUUUUUCCGGCCCUCUCUCUCUACUGCUCUAUGCAGAUUAGGAUUUGAUUAUUGAGGUUGAAUGUGUGAAGAGCAGUAAUGAAGGAUAAUGGGAGGUAUUCUUGCCUUUAUAUACAUACACACGGAGCAGUUUCAGUACUCAAUCAUAGUUCAGAAGUCAACUGCCA